CUCGGCGGGUUCUCUGUUCGUAGUCGCAUUCCUCUACAAAGCGGGAAAAAGCUGCGAUCGGCUACGAGCGUAGCGUUACGAAAACGUUGGUAGCAAAUGUGUUAAUGACCGAUUUAUCACAUUAUGCGUAAACUCACAAACCACGUUACUAUUAAUAGUUAGGUAUGGUAUAUCUUAAUAUUGUAAAAUUCACAAAACCAACGGGUUAUGAUUGUUGCACAUUUUAAUAAAUAUCCUAUACUCUAUUAUAUUGUUUACGGGUUUACCAUCCCUAUUCCUAUAAAUGGCUAACACAAGUGUACUUACCCUUCUUAGGUGGGUAGGUGGUAACUGACCUAGACCUUAGUGCUGACUUCAACGGGGCUGCCUGUGACCCCCUACAUACUCGACACCCCACGUAGGUACUACUUAAUAUACCUACGCUAACAAAGUGAAGCUGGACUGAUAGCAUUAUUUUUAUAGGUAUGUAGGCAUGUAAACAACUUGAAAAUUAUGGAAUACAAUUUAAUACCUAUAUAUAAUGAAGAUUUCGCGCUAACCUUUUUGACAUUAAGUGAUUUGACACGUACGAGUAUAACUUGCAAAGAGAACCUCAAUCUGAGUAGCAAGUAAAUAAGUUCGAGUUACAUAGUGUCUUUAAUUAAUUAUUACUUAAGUAGGGUUCAGAAGAUGUAAGUACUUGUUACCUAAUAUAAUUAAUAUAACGAAAGUCAGCACGGCUUGCUCUUCAGUUCACUUGAAUUAUUAAUUUCCUUUCAUUGGCAAAAUGUAUUGGCAGCAUACGCCAAUUCAACGAAAAAAAUAAUAAUUUAAGUGUCACAAAAGUCACGAAUGAAUUCUAAAUAAAUAAGGUUUUUUUCCUUCUUACGGCAAUUUAAGUAACCACUCACAAGAACGUAUUAAUCAAGGAAGACAAUUCAUUGCUUUACUUACUAUCGAAAAGAUCAGCAAGAAUGUCGAUCGCGUCAUCAGACUCUGAGUUAGAGUUCCAGUCGUACUCGGAGCGCACGCUGGCGUUGAUCAAGCCCGAGGCUCUCGAGGAUGCUGAGGCUAUAGAGAACCACAUACGGAACAAUGGUUUCAUCAUACUUGCUAAACGACAAGUUCACUUGACUCCAGAGCAAGCGGCGGAGCUCUACAAGGGCCACUACGGGCGCCACCACUUUCCGCACUUGGUAGCGCACAUAUCCCGAGGACCGGUCAUCGCGCUCGUGCUCGCAGCUCGCAACGCUAUACAGAAGUGGAGGACGCUUAUGGGGCCCGCCAGGGUGGAGGAGGCUCAAGCGUACUGGCCGGACAGCCUGCGCGCUUGCUACGGGCGCCGCACCGCGUUCGGCGAGUACUUCAAUGGUCUACACGGCAGCGAGAAUCUCGCGGAGGCAGUCAGGGAAAUACACUUCUUCUUUCCCACUAUGGUAGUCGGGCCAAUCCUACGGCGCUGGCAAGUGAAGGACUACAUCCAGAAGCACCUGACGGAGGUGCUGACGCCCGGGCUGACGGCGCUGGCGCACGAGCGGCCGGCCGAGCCCGUGCUGUGGCUGGCCGAGUUCCUGCAGGACAACAACCCCAACGAGCCGCGCGUGGCGCCGCAGCCGCGCGACUUGCUCCAGGACGAGCGCUGCGUCACGCCUCAGCCCAGUGUGCUCUCCAAUGAGUAGUUUUCUAAUACACAAAGGGGGCCAUACGGAUCACUACUAUGAUUCCUUUUAUUACUAAGAGUCCGUUGUCAGUUACGUCUGUCAGCAGGAUAUUUUGAAAACCGCAAGUCAAUCAGGGUAAGUGCGCAUAGGAUGAUUGCCAGCCAGCUGAUGGGCUAGGAGGAGGG